ACCUCAGAGCAUUCAUACAGUGUCCAGCAGUGAACAAAGAUGUCUUCCUCUGUGACCACGGCAACAAACGGGCUGGUGGUGAUCACACAUGUCUUCCCACCGGGGUCAGGGUCUCCAAAUCAGCAGGUGGUAUACGCUGAUUCUUCUGAUUCUUCUGCCAUCCAGACGUUCAGGCGGUUCCGCCCACUGGCACUUGGGACAGUGCAGAUACUGGUGGGUGCAGUGGUUCUGCUGUUUGGGGUGGUGAUGGUGUUUUCUGGUUUAUCCCUGGGAGUUUACAGUGGAGUAUUUGUCUGGGGAGCCAUCAUUUACAUCAUAGCUGGUUCUCUGACGGUGGCAACUGGAAAAUCAUCAAAUAAAUGCCUGGUCAGCGGUGCACUGGGAAUGAAUGUGGCUGGUGCAGUGGCUUCCUUCACUGCCUUUAUUAUGUACUGUUUAGAUGCUACAGGACUAUUCAUCCAUUACUGCUACGACAGUGGUUCUUGGAAUUGGGCCUGUGACCAAUAUAUGAUUCAGUACCAAGGGGUGUCUUCAGUCCUGGCUUUUUUCGCUCUAUUACAGUUCAUCGUCUCAGUCUGUGUGGCAGCAUUCGCCUGCAGAGCAAAGUGCUGCUCCGAGCCCAAGCCACACGUCGUGAUCAAUCCGUUUGCCGAAGCCGGUACACACACAGUGGCUACACACAAUGAGACUCAAGUGAAUGCUCAAACAUGCUCAAGAAUGACCAACCUAACAGCCGCUGACGUGGACGGCGAGCCUCCCCAUUACAACAACAUCCCUGAGACAAAAAUAAGUUAUUCAUAGGAACAGUCCAGUAAGAUGCGCCUUACAUGAAUAAUUAAGUUUUUACGGUUGUUUGUAUCCCUUUAUGCUAUCCAGUUCACCAUCCCUCUUGUAUUUUGGUGGAACAAAUAUUUACUUAUUCAGUUCUCUGUGUGCGUAAUUUUUUUUUUCUUCUUCUUCCCUGUUUUCUUUAAGAAUUUUGGAUGGGUGGGGGGCUGGAACAAGGUGUUGUUGUAGUUCUCUGUUCUAAAACACACACAAAAAAAGAGAAAAUGUUGUGAAAUACUGAUCUGCUCUUUGUGUCUAACAGAUGAGUGCGAGACGCACAAAACAGGCCUGCACUGCUAUGCAUUAAAAUCUUUUUUACUGUAUCCAUGUUGAUUCAUAUAUAUAUAUAUAUAUAUAUAUAUAUAUAUAUAUAAAACACUGGUUUCCAAAAAAAAAAAAAAAAACAAGCCAACCCAAUCCCAGUGGCAGACAUUUUCUUCAAACAAUUCUGCUUUGUGAUACAUCAAUAAAAUAUGACGCCCAAACCCAUGUUCUGCAGCGUUUUUGUACAGAGAAGAAUUUUUUCAAAAAAAAAUAAAAAAAAUUUACAUUUUGAUAAAGCAGGGAUAUGGACAAGGAUACCUCUUUCAACCCCAGACUGACAUUUUUUUCCUACCUCCAUUCAA